AUGAACGCUCUUGACCAUUGGGCUCCAACCUACGAAUGUGAUGGUUGUGACGAGGAAUUCAACGACCCGGAUGAACGAAACAUCCACAUGGACGAAUGCGGCCACGAGCGUUGGGAGUGCGAGACCUGUGAUCGCAAGUUCGCCAGCCCAGGGGCCCAAGAGCAGCAUAUGAAUGCUGUGGGACACUGGGAACACUACUGCCAGUCCUGUCGACGGAACUUUGACAAUGCUAACAAUCUUCGUAUGGUAAGUCAUUUUUACCAACUCGAAAAGUCGAAUCCAACAAGUGUUUUCAACGUGCUGACAUCACUCAAGCAUAUGAAUUCGAAAACUCACCGUGGCUCUGACGUUCCAUGCCCCUUCUGCCGGAAGGGUUUCACCACGGCCAGCGGCGUAUCUAACCACCUUGAGACUGGGUCUUGUCCCAACGCCAGCGUAGUCAAUCGAGAAAGCAUCUACAAACUCAUAAAACAACGCGAUUCUCAAGGUCUAUUCACAAACAAACUCCUCGAGUGGAAAGACGACCGCGAGGAGACAUGGUCGACUUCUAACGCGUAUAACGGACAUGACUACGAGUGCUAUUUAUGUCAUCGUUGCUUCAGGGCUCCUGCGCAUCUAGACCAGCAUCUGAAGAGUCCUGCACACAUGCAGCAAAUAUAUCACUGCCCCAAUAGCAAGAAUUGUGGAUUGCAAUUCAAGACGCUGGCUGCUAUGUUCAAUCAUCUGGAGAGCGAGUCGUGUAGGUUCACUAAAUUUGAGGCAGUACAGCGAAAUAUGACAAAUUUCUUCAAUGGGGGUCAAGUCAGAUAA